AUAUCAAGCGAUUGGUGACGGUUGGCGGCCCUACAAUUUGACAUUUGUGUCUUGUACCCAAAUAAAAAAGCCAAAAAAUGGCAAAAUUCCUCGGAAUUGACAAGGUUCUCUCGGUCCUUAAUAUAGUUAAAGAGAAUGGGGGCCUUAGAGCCUCCCUGUACAAAAUGUUCAGAAUGGACGAAUUAAAAGUAGGCACUUUGGUGGGAACCGACAAGUACGGGAAUAAAUAUUACGAAAACAAGCGGUUUUUCUAUGGCAGGAACCGCUGGAUCGAGUACGCACCAUAUUACCAUUUGGACUAUGACGGUAGUCAAGUACCAGCUGAGUGGUUUGGUUGGUUGCAUUACAAAACCGACUUGCCACCAGACCAGGAACCUUUCAGACCUAAGUACAAGUGGAUGCUAGACCAUACAGAGAAUUUGAGUGGCACUCCGGGCCAGUAUAUGCCGUAUUCGACGACCAGGCCCAAGAUCGAGCCUUGGAUUCCAACAAAAAGAUGUUAAUUUGUAAAAUUGUGUAAUAAAGUGUGUAAUUAGCUGUUA